CUAGAGGUGGACGUCGGGGGCCACGACCCUCGUCCACUCCCGCUUCAUUACCUUUAUCCAGAAGUGCUGGAGCUGAAGCAGAAACAUUUUCCGAAGCCGACGAAGCAGUCUCCGAAGCAGACGAAGGGACUGCACCGCCGCCGCACCAGCGCACCAUGCGGGGAAAAGAAUGGUCCACAGAGGCGGUAGAGGAAUUGAUGAGGAGUCACCGGGUUCCGGAUCGUUUUACAGUGUUUGGGGAACAAUUUGCUACGGGUAAGAACCGAUUUUCUGCCUUAUCAUCGUCCAGCGAAGACGAAACGAGCGAGGAAGACGACGAUGAUGCAGAAGAUGUCCUCCGGUCCGAAGGUAGCAGAGCAAGAACUCCUUCAGAAGGCGGAAGUAGAAGCACUCGUCCGAACAAACUUGAACAUUUCCAGAUCGAAGAGCGCCCCAGGCUUCUGACACCCGAGGAGGUUCACGAGUUCCAGGCCUACUUCGCCCUGUUGAAACAGACCUUCAAGGGCCUGCGCGCAGCCAUCGCGCUGGACCUGCAGAUCUGGAAGAAAACCAGUGCGGUGAUCCAACAAGCGAUCGAGCAGCAACGGGGGCACAAAACACCAGGCGAAAGACUCGACGUGCUAGCCGAAGAGCACGACAUUUUUGGAGGGCCGCAACAAGGAGGAGUUACUGGUGGUGGUGGACCGCCACUUCCUGUGAGCAAAACCCUGUCAGUCCCCGGAGACCACCGGGCCUUUCAUUUCGUGGAAGACCAGUCAUACCAGGGCACGAUCACGCGUCCAAUCCCCACAGACCUGCGUCGCCCGGAGUUACAGCAUUUCUUCCUAAAAAAGUGGCUGCCGGAAUUUUUCGGAAAGCGGGCGAUUGUGCGGAACAAAGCUAGAAGUCCACCUCCCGCAGGUGGUGGUGAAGGAUCCACCCAAGGUCUUGCAGCUAGUUCGUCCCCUGAAGGUACUAGUAGAGCUGCUCCUGUGCCUGCGGCCGCGCAGCCAGCUGCAGGAGAGGGCGCCGGCGCGUCACCGUUUAGAAGUGCGCUUCUUGAACAAGACGAUACCAUCAAAACUCCAUCUGUUCUGCAGCGGUACUUCUACCGGAUUCGCGGCCAGUUCGAUGCUUUUGUCGAUAUGGAGAAAGCUGCGCAAGAACAUCCACAACAGGGAAAAAAGCAGCAGAGUCUCACCUACAAGGAGGACUCUAAACUCACCGACAAGGCCCUUCACUUCCUGUUCGCGUUGGAGCAAAGUUUGAUCGUCUCUCCACACCAGCGCAAGCAUGGCAACGUGCUGGAGCUCCGGGAGAUUCUGGUCCGGCAAUUGUGCUUUUCCCUCCAGGAGGCGUUUCUGUGGCAAGAAAAACAUCGCGACCAGCUUUUGGCGCAAUCGGAGGGGGUAUCAAGAGCAGGGAUCGAUAUGGCGAAAGAAGGAAAACAAGUAGAGCCGCCACGAACCGCUGCGUCACCAGGACGUGAUCGAGCGUCGGCGCCGUUUUUGCCCGUUACUGUGGAAAAAGGAGAGUACGACCUUUUUUUGAGCCCCGAGAUGUGGGAGACGAGAGGUUUUUUCCGAAGUGCGGGUUCUCGCGGCCUUUCCGUAGAAGUACCAUCUUCCCCACCUCCCGGUGUGGAGGCCGCGAGGGGUGGUCGUACAGCUGAGGGCUUGACGCCAGAUGAUUUGGUCGUGAAAUCUAUGUCCUCUCCGUUCGGUUCGGAGCUUCGCGGAAAGGAAGAACAGCAUGAUGGCGGCCUCUUCGUGCCACUGCAAUACAAGCCGUCUGCGUUGUACCAGUUCCUGACAGCCGACUGCCAAGCGAGGGUUCUGGAUUUGACCUUUCCAGACGGGUACGGAAUGAUUCAAGACGGCGCAGAAGCUGGUGCUCCGGCGUCUACAGACUUCGUCUCGUUGGGCGAUGGAGAUCCAGCUCGCGAACAGAAACAUGACAGUACAACCGAAUUUGUCUUCGGCUUUGACAACAUGUGGAACGCGGUUUUGAAGCAAAACGUUGAUGUUGUUUUUGACACGUCAGGCAGAAUCGGCCGCACCAAAGAACUCACAAAAAAGUCUGCGCAGUGGUACACCACCUGGGAGAAGAAGCGGCAGGACUACCUGGUGCAGCGCGAGGCCGCGGACGUAGAACGGGAAAAGCUUAUUUCAGCUGGACAAAGAAAGCACCAUUUGGGUCGUGGCCGUGAGAGGGUUCUUGUGGAGAAAGCAAACCACAGAAAAACCGGAUUGCUCCUUUCGAUCGACCAGCGCAUCGCCCAGCACGCCCUGCUCGGCCUGGGAUUAUUCACUUCCCACCCCUCGUCUCGAAGUCUUUUCGGUGCUUUAUACGAGGAAGAUGAACAUCAAGCGCAAGAAGAAGUGGCGGGGCACCACAGCGGCCACAGGGAAAGAACGAGAACCCACAGGCACGACGAUCAUGCUCCCUCAUCUCCACAACGACCGCAGCGCGUACUAGGCCGCAAAAAGACCCGCGGCCCGAGGAACGGCACGGGGGCGUGGCUGGCGGUGCCGGACGUACCAAGUGUGGCGCCGGACGGGAGGACGCCGUUUGACUUGAGCGGCAGGAACGUUAUCCUUGCGGAUGUCCAGGUUGAUUUCGCGGGACCACCUGCUCCAGAGGACGGAACAGCAACAAAGACAGACAAGCAGUUCUACUUCCACCAUUCAGAAGUGCGCAACAAUUUAGUACCGGCGAAGAGCGCAGCUGGAACUGCACGACCGCCUACCUCCCGGCGAAGGGAUCGCGAGUGCUUGCAACGGGCAAUCGAGGCAAACCGCGUCCAUGUGGAUUUUGCGGUCACACAGCUCCUCUACACGUCGGAACACGGGUUCAGCGGGGAAGCUGCCAUUUUCCCCGAUACGGAGUACUGGUUGCAGUACAAGACACACGGGGCAGGCGAAACCUUCGAAAGCCGAAACCGGCAGAAACUCAGAAGCGUGGCCGAGGCCCUUGAGCUGGUGCUCGGGAUCAAGUUCGUUCCUUUGUUGAACGAGGAGGAAAAUGCUGGUCUUCAGGGUGGAGGAAACAACAAAACUACGGCCGUUUGGAGGACUAAUGGUUUGUUCUCAAAAACAUCUACCACGACGUCCUUUGGACUUGUCGGCGAAGUGGACCAGCUGACAGGUGUAGAAGUUGUGCCAGGCAGUCAUCCUGCUCAACAUUUCCUUUCCUACGACGCCUGUUUGAACGCGGUGCGGCCGGUGGUGACCACGUUCCACCUGGAAGAAGAUGUUGGUAAAGAAGGUCAAAGUUUUUUUGCCUCCGGUGGAUCCUCCAGCCCCCCGGAAGAUCUACUGGAGCAGGCGUUUCUCUUCCAAAACUACUACGAGGAGUCUUUGCGACUGAACAUGGCGCAUUACGUAUCCUGUGUAAAAACGUCCCCACACCAGAGUCAAGAUGGGAAAUGUGCUAGACAAAUCAACCAGAUUUGGUUGCUCCGCAUGACAGGUUUGGUCCAUAGUGUGAUCCUGUUUAGCUAGCUCAACAGCAUCACAGAUCUAGCAUAUCGUGCUGAUUCGAGCAUCAGAGACUCCAAAUCACCCCUAGAAAAUGCUUCUCAUGGGCCUCCGCACGAGAAACCUUUUUGGCAUGCAGAUUUGCAUGACAACUCUGGGGUGGGGACGUUUUUACUGAGGAUAUUACGAGGGUUCGCGGAGAAUUAUUUCCGGCCGCGUUGAGGAUGAGGAUGAAAUGCUGAAUUUCCAGUGGCACCCGGACAUGCUGCCGGUGUCAACUACAGCAGCCGAAGCUUUGUCGCCAGCAGGAUCUACUUCAGCGGGACCAGCACAACAGCAGCAAGAACUACCCGCGGCGGGGAGAGGACGUGGCGUUUUUGGCUAUUCUGUCCCACUGCGGCAUUUGCUGCACCACGUCAUGAUUCAGAAUAAAAAUAGUCGGACUUCUGUACUAGUACCCGCAGCUGGACCUUCGUCCACGAUUCAACUUCCGCACGGGGGUCGUUCUUUCACAACUCCUGCAAGCGGCGACCCUGCUGCGGCUCCUGCGCAUCACCUGAGGGUAGCACACGAACAGCAACAGGCUUUGGCAAUGUUGAAACUCCUAGAGCAGAGUGGAGCUGCGGAGGAACGGAGUAUGCGCAGCGCGCUGCUUGCGCUAAACCAGACGCCCACCGGAUCGGACCUGUGCGCCUGCGGUUUGGAGCGGUACACAUGUAGUAAAAAAUUGCAACAGCCGGACCCCGAGACCGGAUCCAAAUGGAAAUUCCACUACGGCAGCUCCCUUGGCAGCGCCUGCCCCUGCGGCCGACCCUACUUUUGUUGCAACGAGAAAAGUUUGAGAACAGCAGCAGCCACUGCCGGCGCUGGUGCACGGAGCAAUCCGGGCGGGGGACGGGAAGCUCGGCACCUGCUGGAAGGCGCGGACGGGAUGCUCCGCGAGGAGGCGGCUGCCGGGGAACAGUUCGGGGCCGCAGACGGUAGGAGUUACCCGCCGCCCGGCGCAAGAACUCCUGUUCGAGGAACGCCCGAGCGCAUCACGUUUGACGCGACCGGGAAGAAAGUGGUCCAGUUUGUGCCUCAGGAAAGAGGACCUCCCAGCGGUGUUCGAGCAGAUGAAGCGGCAUGCGCAGCUCACGAUCUCCACGACCACUACUUUUGUGCCUUCUGCGUCGCGAGCGCCGCAAAACCGCUGACCGCCGAAGCGAGUCUUGACGCGUCUCGGUCCUAUGUGUUGCGCGAGUACCUUGACAGGCUGGGGCUGCCCGAAUACCACUGGCUGCUCGGUUUGCUUGUUUUUAGUGAUGAAAUCUCAGAGAACUUAAAGGAGAACCACGUCCAACUGUCCGGAACAAGUCCAGCCCGAAACGAGUUAGCGUUCCGCACGGUAGAAAGCCUUCGGAAAAAGUUGGAGAAGAACAUUAAUUUGGAUAAACAAACCCUCCUGAAAGCCUUCCAACACGCGGCGGCCGCACAGGACGAAGUUGCGGGGCGUAAGGGGAAGUAUCCUGGUCUUCAAAGUUGUGGCACAGUGGAAGCUAUGAACUGCAAAAGUAUCGUACUAGUAGAAAUCGCAUGACAAAUUUACUUAGAAUGAGAAAUGGAGUUUGUCAUGCUGUUUUGCCUUGGGAUCGAGAUUUGUAAUGCAUGCCUGCGAUUACUACGAGUACGAUACUUUUACACAGGAUAGAAGCCCCCGCCGCACCUCCUCUUGCGUUCAAGGACAACUACAGCAUUGAUUUUGUCACGCCGGGGACUACGAGGGGAAAGCAGGAGCCUGCCCUUGCGCUGAGAGAGACGGAAAUCGAGACCCGUUUAAAAAAUCCAGAGCAGCACGAAGCAGAAGCAGCCCGACGACUGCUGACCCCAGCGGACGGCGCGGCUGAGUCGCAACUACAGGAUGCGGUACACAAAAAACCGAAGAAGAGCAGGCGCGGCAAAGCCAGAGAGCAACUACACCGGGAGGUAGCAGAACCCGUCUACACCACCCUCGCCGAAGGCCCUGACGGUCGUGCUCCGCGUUUGGUGCAAGCGGUGCAGACGGUGCAAGAAAGUUGCCCGAAACUCGUGAUUCCUGUCCAACACGACGGGAGAAGGACCGAAAUCGAAACGGGCUUUUCCCUCUUCGACUGGGUAACAGCCGUGAUGUCGCACGUUCGCAUCGAUAUUGGGCUAAAAGAGUCGGACUUCGACGCCCGGGUGCGCGCUGCGAUGGCGAGUGAGGACUCAUGGGAGUUCCAGUUCGUGGAACUUUUUCAAGACGCCAAUGCUAUGUCGAGGUAUGUGGUAUCUUCCUCUUCGGACGGGACGAAUAAAGCCGCGAGAGAUAUUGAUGGGGGGAAAAAAGCAAUUUUACCGGAAGCUCUGCGCGCCUACUUAGAAGCGAAGUCGAAGUACUACCACUACAAGCGCAGGGAGAAUACACUGAUCACCGCGUUUCAGAAAACGAUGAGAUCCCAUGCGCGAAAGGACUACAAGGGGUCUACUCCGAGUAUGACAACCCGUCAUGUUGCUGCUUCUGGUUUUAGGACAACUCCGGGAACGAGCGGUGAUGGAGAUCGACGGGGUAGCGAGAUGAUGUCGCCAAUUCAAAUUUUAUCAACAGGAAGUAGAGAAACAAAUGCUCCUUCGCAAGGCGGAAUUGAGACGGACGAAGAGAAGCGCGCAAGACUACGUGCGUUGGUCGAAAAGGAGCAGGCACGGCGAGCGGAGGAAAGUAAGGAGAAAGCGUUUCCAUAAGUAGAUGCAUAGAUGCAUUUCAAGAAAUUUUGCCGAGCAGCUGCCAAGUACAGGUUGCAAAGCGAAAACGCAUGCUCGCUCUUGGUUUUCAGAUGGUUUUUUAUGACAUUAGUGGCACAUGCACGUCAUUGUACUUCUCCAAUCCACCAUAUCGCUCUUUUCACCGUAGUGUGUUUAUACUUCUUUUAGUCUUUGACUUUGCCUUCAUUCAUAUCGCUUCUUUCGUCAGCACAUUGGUAUCCAGUUCGCGAUCAUCGAAAAACAAUGCUCAAUCUUUAAGCAACUUGCAUAGAUGAAGGGGCUUCCAACAACUACACUUCAAGCGUACGCGAGAAAAGAAGUUCGCGUGUUCCUCAUGCUACCCGGUUUAUAGAAGCUGUUUUUACUUUUGAGAGGAGUAGUUUUUUGAAGUUGUGCUGCCUGGGCAGAUUUUGAUUUCAGCAUUCGACUCUUCUGCUAGUGCCACUUCUUCGCGCCGCUCAAUUCUAUCUUCAACAUAAUAUUUUGUCUUACCCGGACCCGGAGGUAUAGCUAGAGAUGGCGAUGCCCCCUGGGAAGGAACAUUCUCCGCACAAUCGGAUUGCGAUUUUGUUUCUUCUGCGGGACAAGACAAGUAUAGUAACACCUGUACGUGCGUGAAUUUCAUCCGGUUGGUCCAUGAUCAGCCACACGGUUUUGGUGCUUUUUCUUGUGAUGGAGUUCUAAGCUGCACGUAGAAGUUAUUGUGAGCAAGCUACUUCAUUUCCCCCGGAACGGUAGAAAUUUCUUGACAUCCUCAACUUGUUCGCAAAUUCUUGAUAAUCUCAACUUUUUCGCUGCGAGAACUCUUCGUUUCCCGUUUCGCGGGAAUAAGGAGCAGAGCUGUGAAGAUGUGGAGAUGGAAUAACUACUCAAAAGAAAUUUUGGAAAGAGCAUAUCAUACAAGUUGAUACGCACAGCAUUUUUUCGAUGUCCCCCUCCCCGUAUGUUGCAGAAGAAAGCAACGCCCUGGAUGUCCUCGUUCACCUUUGUUGACUACUUUUGUGUGCCUUUUGGACAGAUGACUUCCAUGACAUGCAGACUUCGAUGAAAAAACAACAAGAGUGGUAAGUGGAC